UCAUGUUGGGAGCAAACCUAUGUGAGAGGGACAGCCUAAAAUAUAAAUUUCACAACUGUUCCCAGAUUCACUGUGCGAGCGUCGUUUAUAAUUGAAAUCUUAACAAAAACUGUGCCCAUCACAUUUGCAACACUGAAAACGAAAGUGCAAUAUGCAAGCGACUCUAAUUCUCUUCUCUCCCUCCACCCACUCUUUUUGUUGUCUUCUCUUUGCCCUUCUGCCGCCAGGCAUGGAGCACUACAACUCGGACUGUGAGCCGGAAUAUCUGCGCAAACGCGAUCAUCGCACCGAGGAUGCCAGCCAAGAGGUGACCUACGCUCAGCCGCAUCAGCGAACUGGCGCAGCCAACGGCGCGGCGGCAGCGCAGUCGCCACUCAAGGUGGCCACCGUCUCGGCGAGUAGCGGCGCCAUCAAAUAUCCCUCGAAUGCCAAUCUGGGCCUGUUUCCCAACAGCAGCAGCAGCAGCAGCACGACGUUGACUGCGGCGCCGCGCAGUACAAAUCCCUUCUUGAACGGCAAGUACGCCGCCGAGGAGUCGCCUCCGGAUGCUGGGGACGGCAGCGCCAGGGGCGUGGCGGCAGCAGCGAGCGCCUACUUGCUGCCCGCGUCGGCGUCAUCGUCGACAGCGGCGUCGAGCAGUCGCAGCCAGCGCAGCGGUGCAGCGCGCAGUACACUGAAUCGAUUGAGCGGCAUGACGAGCUCCAGCAGCGGCACCUCGGCCUUAUCCGUCAAUCGCAGCGAACGUGCCCAGACGCCACUACAACAGCAACAGCAACAGCAGCCGCAGCAGCAGCAGCAGCAGCAGCAACUAACGGCAAAACAAUCGCAGCUGCAGCUGUCGUGCGAUCUGAAUGAAUUUGGGGACAACAACAGCAGCGGCGAGUCGGAGCCACCGCCGGAGCCGGCGCCGCCGGAGAUACCGCCGCGCACUCAGUCGCUGCUGAUGUCCUUGCGCAAGCACUCCGACUACAAGCUCAAGUACGAGGAAAAGGGGGACCAAAAACACGAGGAAUUCAUACCGACCAGCCAGCUCCAGAAAGAUUAUAUCAUCAGCGAUAAUCUACGCACUGUGGAGCAGCAAUUGAAGCCAAUUUCUCCAGGCGAUUCCCAGGGAUUCUUUAAUUAUAUCCCAAUUAUAUCUUAAUCGGUUGAUUAACAAGAUUUUUACCAAGCCAAAGCUUACUGGAGAUGA